UUUUUCAUUUAGAGUUCCUUUUUCUCCUCAGAAUUUCGCCGUGACGCACGUGGUUAAAGACGCGUGCUAAUAAUUUAUAAUUCUGUUACUUACGGAAUAAUUAUGAUCUGUAAAAACCUUUUACAUCUAUGUCUUUUAAACGUUUCACGAUGUUUCACUGUUACAUGACGUAAAUUGUUUCCAUAUAUUUUUUAAAAUAACUUCGAAUUAUCAUCAUUCAUUGGUUAGUACUUUUAAAUUUAUUAAAUAUUUUUUCUUCGUUUUUAAUUAUCUUUAAAUUAAUCUUCGAUUUAACUAUUAUAGUUAUUGUAUUUCUGUGAUGUUAUUUAAACUGUAUUGCGUUAUAUUAUUAUCUCUUCAUUGAUUUAUAUCAAAUUUGACUUGGCGCGGCACGUUUUUCAAUGUGUGAAAUUUGUUACGCGAUUCAUGUUUACUUCCAGUAUUAAACAUUUCUCAACACUCACAUUCAAUAAACCAGCAUGGAGCCAUUUUCUAGUGAUGUGCUCUGGGUUCUCAUAUUAGGCUUCAUAGUUGGAUUUUUCCUAGCAUUUGGUGUUGGUGCAAAUGAUGUUGCAAAUUCAUUUGGUACAUCUGUUGGCUCUAAAGCUCUUUCAUUGCGUCAGGCUUGCAUUCUAGCUACCAUAUUUGAAGUAUUAGGAUCUGUACUUAUGGGCUAUCGGGUAUCCGAUACUGUAAGGAAAGGAAUUUUUGAUACAGAAAUGUAUUCAGAAUUCGAGAAAGAACUCAUGCUAGGUUUCCUAGCAGCUUUGAUUGGUAGUGCAAUAUGGAAUAUAGUAGCUACUUUUUUUCGCUGGCCGAUAUCAGGGACCCACAGUAUUAUUGGAGCUGUUGUUGGUUUUUCUUUAGUAGCUCGUGGUUUUAUGGGAAUUAAAUGGACAAUGCUUGGCCAAAUAGUGGCUUCCUGGUUCCUGUCUCCAGUUUUGUCCGGAUUUAUCUCAUCUGCUUUGUUCUUGGUGCUGAAAAAACUCGUCCUGACUAAAGAUGAUGCUAUUGAACGAGGCUAUUUAUCCUUGCCCUUUUUUUGGGGUAUCACUGUUUUCAUCAACUUGUUUUCUGUUGUUCAUAAUGGUCCAAAGUAUCUUGGUUUUCAAAGUAUUCCUGUUUGGGGUGUGCUAAUUUUAGCUGCUGGCAUAGGAUUUAUAGUUAGCAUUUGUGUCUGGUAUAUACUUGUGCCUUAUCUACAACAAGCAAUUGCUUCAAUGGGUGAUAGCGAGAAUAGCGAAAAUCAGAUUGGUGCAGAGGAAAUUCCUUCUAAAAUCUCUUAUCCUGAUGUAGAAAAUCCUGCUUUUAAUGGAAAUGGACAUGAAAUCCAAAUGCAAGAUGUAGGAAAUGGUAUAUCAAAGUCAACAAUAGUACCAGUGGCCACAUCAGCUGAAAUAAGCAAAAUUGAAAAAGAGUUUACCUGCUCUGCUGUUCCAUAUGAUACACCUGAAACUGGCAAAGUAUUUUCAUCACUACAAGUUUUAACUGCUAUUUUUGCAGCAUUUGCUCAUGGUGCAAAUGAUGUUAGUAAUGCCAUUGGACCUGUCAUAGCAAUUUGGCUGAUUUAUCAAGAUGGAAACGUAGCACAGAGAGCUGAGUCUCCAUUUUGGAUCAUGUUGUAUGGUGGUGUUGGUAUCAGUAUUGGCUUGUGGGUCUGGGGUAAAAAAGUCAUCAAAACUAUGGGUGAAGAUUUAACAAAAAUUACUCCCUCAAGUGGAUUUUGUAUAGAAUUAGGAGCUGCGGCAACAGUACUAAUGGCAUCAAAAAUUGGUCUUCCUAUCAGCACAACUCACUGCAAAGUAGGUUCCAUUGUAUUUGUUGGAUGGACUCGAUCUAGAGCUGCUGUGGAUUGGAAACUUUUCCGCUCAAUCAUUCUAGCAUGGGUUUUAACCUUGCCAGUUUCUGCUGGGUUAUCUGCUGCAGCCAUGGCCAUACUGAAGUCUAUAGGUUGAAUACACUUUUUAUAAAAUGUUCAUAUUUUACAGAAAUCUCUUUUUCUACAAAACUUUUUUAUGUUGUGCUUGCCACAAUAUUUGACAUUUUAAAGACUUGAAUUGAUUGAAAAUCGUCAUAAUUUCUGCAAGUUCACAGAAAGAUAAAGUGUUCGUUCAUGUUUGUUUUUUGUGAUUUUAUUUGUUGCUUUUUGCUAUGAAUUUUAUUUCCUGCGUUUUGAAUCAAAAAUUGAUUUGCAAUUUUAUUAAAGUGUAAUUGAAAUUAUACUUUUCUUUCCCAUGAAAGUAUUUUCUAGUCAAGAUUCAUUUUUUGAAAAAAACAAAAAAAAAAAUGUUGGCCCGGUUAAUCUAAUGAAAAAAUGUGUAUUUUCAAAUUAUCACAAUUGUUGUUAAAAUGAAUAUUGUUUUUAUCAUUAAUUUUACAUUAGAAAAAAAGUAGAAAAAUCAAAGAUUUAUAUGUGAUGUAUGUGUCUAGCUUUGUCUUGUGUCUCAGUCAUUUUUCAUUACUACGAAUUAGUACUUUAGCUGGUCUGGUCAUGUUGCUGCUAUAGACAGCAUUUUAAUCUACUUUUAAGAGCUUGAGUUGCCUUUGUUGAUUGUAUUUAUCUAAAAGAAACUGAAUUUGGUCAAUGGAUUUUAUAGAUUGAAAGAUUUGUAAUAUAUUUUGAUGUAAUUACAAUUUUUCAAGACUUUAGUGUAACAGUGAAACACCGAAACCUUUUUUAAUAAAAGAAUAUAAAUGUA